AUGCAGGUGCUGUUCACCCUGAAGAGUCUUCUCGUUUUGACCCCGUACGGGGUUGUAUUUCUGAGGGAGCAUACUAGUACGGAAAGAGAAUCUCUCACGCUGGUCAACCCUUCUGGUAAUGCUCACGGAUUUCACCCGAGCCGUUGUUUCAGUCCAGCAAGCCGUUCCGUCCUGACGGACGCGCGGGAUCAGAUAACUAUCUCAACGCGCUCGCCCUCGAGUCGUGCGGUGGAGGCCGGCUGCAUCUGUCAAGCGGCCGUUACCGCUGUUGCGGGCCUUCCGGGCCAAUUGCCGGCUGGCGUUUCUGUUAAGCAGCGAGGAAGCUCGUGA